AUCGCAGUUCCGUGUAGUACUUUAAUUACCAGUUAAUGCGUGUUUCUGCUCUUUGCUAGCAGAGCAGUUUCGCUGUUUUCUGUCCUGUUUCUUUGCCUGUCACAUCAUCUCCGGGUGUCAGUUUCUUGCCGUACGUGUAAGUCCCCUUGUCUUAUUUGAGCACCCAGGUCAUUUAUCAUAAUACAGGAAACAGAUCACUGUUUAAGGCGCAUUCACGUUAAAAUGGAAUACGGUGUUUCUCUGCCCUGGGGACUCAGUUUGGUGGUUUUCUACUUUUUUUUAGGGACAUGAGUAUAAACGAAUGCCCCUUAUUUGAUCGAUUAGUGAAUACGUGGGUAACAGCUUUUCUUCCAACUUGUGCUCUCCUUGACGUAUUCCUGAAAUAAUACUAUAACAGCUUACUUAAAAUUUGCAGUACAUUAAUAUUGUAAGACUGAAAUAUUGUGAUACUGUAUUAUCGCGGCUCACGACCUUAGCGACUUGCGGACCGGACAGUCAGUGUUGCGUAAAUAUUGCACAGAAAGGCAAAUCCGCGCUUCUCUUUCAUAUCCUGCUUGUAUUAUUUUUUCAUUUAGCCCGCAUGAUUUAAUCUGAGAAACACACGACGCGUGUUAAGAUUUGUCCAGAGCAUUAUUAAGGCGUUUAUUAAGGUGAAUUGAAUGCAUUAUUAAACGUUUGCGCUCCCUUUACGUUAAGGUGUUUAUUAUUUUGAAUUUAAUGUUGAUGUUAUUUCAUAUUUGCAUCAUCCUGAUGUUAGAGUGGAGCCCGUUUUCUUGCCGUCCGCUCCGAUCAUACGGUUUUGCACCCACGCGAUGUAAACAGCGUAGUAUAUUUACAGCGUAGUACGGACUCAUUGGCGGUUUUAAAGCCACCGAGCCGCGCUUUCCCCACUCUUAAAAAACGCACAGCAUGGGGACUGACCUGAGGUGGAAGCUAGUUAGCACCCGUAUAGACACGGGCCGGGCGCAAUGACGGAUUUAUUACUGCCGCAGUGGAGUUACCAUCUGCCCGGAGGAAGUCCGUUGGCCGGGAAGGUCCUCGGUCCAGUCCGGUCCGGCCACUGUUAUUUCGCAUGUUACCCGUCACCUUUUAAAGUAGACUUCGCUGUACUCUUGGAAAGUGUCUCAGAAUCAGUGCUGCUGACUGUUUACAAACAAGAAAAGGCGCCCUUAUAGACAGUCUGUGUUAAAAAUAAGUAAAAGGCUUCAUAAAGCGUCAUUCUGGUACUGAAAUACCAUGUUUUUUAAUUUUUGAAGUACAACUCUUGUGUAUGAUCGUGGAUGUCUCAGAUGUAUUCAGUGCUGUUUUGCUUUUCAGUGCUUAUUUGUGAAUUUGGGGGAUGAAUUAUGGUAUUUGUGGAUGCUGUGUAUCAAUGUACACACAAUAUUCUAGGUGGGGUCUUACCAAGUAUAAUAUUAGCAUCACCUCCCUUGACUUAAGCUCCACAUACCUAGAGAUGUAACCCAACAUACUAUCGGCCUUUUUAUUUGCUUCCCCACACUGGCGAGAGUGGGACAUGGAAGCAUUAAAUCAGCACACCAAGGUCUUUCUCAUAAUCAACUUCCUUUAUUUCAGUAGAACCCAUAAAAUAUCUGUACUUCAUGUUUCUGCUCCGUGCAUGGAUUAACAUUUGUCUACAUUAAAUUUCAGCUGCCAUGUAUCAGUCCAGUCACUAAUUAAAUCAAGAUCCCAACUGUAGCCUCUGUGCCGCUAGACCAGUAUCUGCUACACCACCCACCUUGGUGUUGUCUGCACCAAGACUUGUGGUGGAAUGUGCUGUCUGCCAGUUCCCUCUCCAUGUGACUGUCCCAUGUGAUGCUUAUGGGUCUCCGAGUGACUGAUUUUGUAAUUAAUCUAGAAGAGUGACCUGUUAAAUGGAAGGUAGGCAACGGGGGAGCGAAGCUGCCUGUUCUGAAAGCACACCCGCAUGUAAUGUGUUUGUUUAUCAUGCGGCCAGAGUGACCCAGGCGCCUGCCACUAUAUGGUGAUGAGAAGAUGAGAAUAGCAGCCAUGGCCAGAUCUUUGCAGCCAAAGUAGUGACACCCAAGAGGGAGCCCAAGUGGUCUGUUCUCUUUCCUUCUAUCCUCCAGUCAUAGUACAUUCUUUGGGUUUGAGUUUGUAGUGGUGUAGUUGUGCUUUAUAAAUAACACAGCCCCUCCCCAAAAAUCCCACAACCGCCAAUGUUCUUUUUAAUCAAGUCCAGGCCCAGCAUUUUCACUCAGUGGCCACAGCCCUGGAUAACAAGAAAAGUGUUACUUUUUUACCCGAACGCUCAGUUUCAUCCCACCACAGAAGCCUGUCCUCAGCGUCGCCAUGGGCAACCUGCCUAUUUUGUACGUAACUCAGAAAGGACCCGCACAUCCAUCUUUUGUUAAAAAGGGAAAAAACUAAAUGCCAAAUGGACCGGAACCAGUCCAGAGAGGAUAUUCUCUUUUACUUUAUUUCUAGCUUACACUGCAGUUUCAUACCCAUUACAGUCCUUUUUCUAUCACUACGGUUAUAGCCUUUACAACUGCUACCCUGUUACAGCCGUUACCCUGUUAUAGGUGUUGCCCCAUUACAGCCUUUAUGUACAGCUGUUACCUCAUAACCCCGUUACAACCUGUACAGCCGUUACCCAGUUACAGCCUUUACCCUGUUUUAGCCAAUACCAAGUUUCAGCUUUUACCUUGAUACAGCCAUUACCCCAUUACAGCCUUCAGACCAUUUCAGCCAUUGCAGUCUUUCUCCCAAUAUAGCAUUUAUCGUAUUACAGUCCUUGCUGAUUAGUGCAUGUAAUGUUCAACAUGAAAUGUAGAUUUUGGUCACCUUGUCUUUUAGGCCAAGUAUGAUUUGGGACGCACUUAUUGCCUGGUGAGGUGGAAUGUGAAGGUUGCUCUCAGCAGUACAUAUUGCUGUCUGUUUGAUGCCCCUCCCUUGUGAGAUUCUCAUGGCUAGGGUGGGAGGGUGCUGAAAUGGGGGCCUAUGUACAUAUGGCCUGUGGCCUCCAAGUAAUGUGACAAAAACGGAAUGCUGUCGUAUCCUAUGGCACCCAUGUUGAACAAACACAUGCCUGUACAACAAACCAAAAUGUCAAUUGUAAAGAGAAGCUACCUGCUUAUGAACAUAGCCGAUCAGCUAAUUCAUGUGGAAAUAAUGAGCUACUCAGCCUCCUGGAUUCCUGCUAUGAUUCUUGAAUAUCGUGUGAGAUUAACCUGCCAUUUACCUCUGGCUACAAAUCCGGACCCCCGCAGAGACACUCAAAGGCGAGGGAGCACCUCGGUAUCUCUCAAACCAAGGGCGCUGAGCUCAUAGCCAGCAGGGGCUAAAUUGUUCCAAUUAGUGCAUAGUGUCUUGUAUGUUAAUGGUUGGCUUUAGGUGUUUAGACAUGGAGUCUGCAUAUAAAUAUGCUGCUAAUGCUGUAACAGGGGCGUCUCUCUCUGUGAAGCUCUGUGACGAGUGGAAGGGCUCGGUCCCCCGGAAGGGUUUGGGGCCACGGUUUGUGUCCCUUGUCCCCGUGGGGACUGACAGGUGAUGAGAUAAUGAGGUUGGUGUGUAUGAUCACCUCUAUGGAAACGUGUGCAGGAAAAUAUGUUAGGGGGAGGGGCCAGACUCUUCUUGCUUGAAAAGCUCCAUAGACCUUCAAAGCCUCUCGGGUGAGAAAUUGUACCACGAUCAUGUAUCAUGAUUGGCACCACCUAUAAACUGAGCCCGUAUCCUCCAUCUGAGCAGAUUCCGGAGCCUUUUAGCCAGCUUUCCACAGCAACCCGGGUGGCAGAAUGGACAGUGAUCGCUAAGACAUCACUGGCAGGAAUGGGCAGGUUCAUGAAGAUGAACGACUGUCUUCUUGAGGCACCCGCCUGCUCCCCCCUGCACCAGAUCAUAUAUCCUAAUAGACAGAUUGCAUACAGGAUAAAUGCUUUCAUUAAUGAGAUCUGAUACGGACUCUUCCCUGGAGACCAUCACUCAGACACUCUGAGAAAAUAGAAAUGUACAGAUUGUCCAUAGCACUGUGCCUUUCAAGUGUGUUUUCUCUAAUGAGGGCAGCAGGAAUGAAAGGGUUUCUGACAACUAAUUGGUGUAGCUGCCUCUCAUGACCUGCAAAUCACAAGCUGCCUCUCCAAGCUGCCAAUCAAAUGCUCCCUCUCAAGCUGCCAGUUACAAGCUGCAUCUCAGAACCUGUCAAUCACAAGCUGCCUUUCAUGAUCUGCUAGUCACAAACUGUCCUAUGUGUUGCUCAGAUGGUCUCCCAGUUUUCCGGGUUGUGGUGACCCCAGGUGAACCCCACUGCAGUGUCGGCCCUCUUUUUCACCAUGCUAAUACGGGGAGGCUGAUCACAGCAGCAGAUUGCUGAGGUUGCAUGUCUUUGGGCUGGUGGAGGGAUGCGGGGAGCACAGGGAGAGAGGCAGUGCUUAGACACUGCUGAGAGUGUCACUGGGACAGCCACACCACUCGUUUGCCUCUCUGAGGUCUGCAUUUAAAGCACUGCUGAUCUCACACGCUCUUACUGUGAUUUUGUGAAAUGAAGGACAAAGCAACAGCUCUACUUCAUGAUCCUGUUCUUGUUGUCCUGUGGAUGGGACCUGCAAUUGACGACUUAUUUCCCUUUUUUGAUCCUGUCACUUUGAACCCAGCACGACCCAAGAAGAGAUUGAACAUUGCCCCCUCUUCUGGAAAUGUUCUUUUUCCUGAUACACUAUGGACAGGUGUCGGAGAUCCAGCUAUGUCUGAAGGUCGGGCAGGGGCCCGGCAGCCUCGAGGUCAACAGAAAUCUUCAGCCAUGGACAGGGUGGAGGAGGAGGAGAACAUGAGUAUGUGCAGCACUGAUGUGAAGGAAAACCGCCGCCUGGGUAAUGUGUCCUCCAAGGAAGCAGGGGGUGACACAGUACAGCUCCCCAAUGGUAGUGGUGGAGCCAGCCGCAAGCGUCCCCUUGAGGAGGGCAACAACGGAUCAGCCCAUGCCAAGUUCCGGCCCAAAAAGCGUAAAAAGACGGUGGGACCAGUGCUGCCCAAGAAUGCGCUUAUGCAGCUGAACGAGAUCCGGCCGGGGCUGCAAUACCAGCUACAAUCGCAGACAGGCCCUGUGCAUGCACCCGUCUUCGUCAUGACUGUCGAGGUUAACGGGCAGCUCUUUGAGGGCUCGGGUCCUACCAAGAAAAAAGCCAAGCUAUGCGCCGCCGAGAAAGCGCUGCGCUCCUUCGUUCAGUUCCCCAAUGCAUGUGAGGCGCACCUGGCCAUGGGCCGCACGCUUGCCGUCACCACCGACUUCACCUCCGACCAGGCCGACUUCCCUGACACGCUCUUCAAUGGCUUUGAAACGCCCUCCCCCCCUCCACCUGCCUUCUUCCCCACCCCACUGGGAAAGUACCCGUCAUCACCUGCAGGUGCUCCUACACUGAGCCGUCCCCUACCGCCCACUCCAUCUCCCCAAGCCAGUGGGAAGAACCCAGUGAUGAUCCUGAACGAGCUGCGGCCUGGUCUCAAGUACGAGUUUGUGUCGGAGAGUGGUGAGAGCCAUGCCAAGAGCUUCGUCAUGGCCGUCAUGGUGGACGGGCGCAGCUUCCAGGGCUCUGGGCGGAACAAGAAGCUGGCAAAGGCGCGUGCUGCACAGGCUGCGCUAUCUGCACUCUUCAACAUGCAGCUAGAUCAGACACCCUCCCGCCAGCCAAUCCCCCGCGAGGGCCUGCAGCUGCACCUGCCACAGGUGGAGUCCUCUCUUCAAACCGGUGGCCUCUUUGGCCAACGUGGCUCCCCAGUCCUGAGGUGUGUGUGUUUGUGUGUAUGUGUCCUGCAGGUCCUGGCAGAUGCCGUCUCCCGCCUGGUUGUGGACAAAUUCAGCGAGCUGACGGAUAACUUCACUUCACCUCACGCACGCCGGAAAGUCCUGGCAGGAGUUGUUAUGACGACAGGCUCCAACUGCAAAGAGGCCCAGGUGAUCUGCAUCUCCACGGGAACCAAAUGCAUCAAUGGCGAGUACAUGAGUGACCGUGGGUUGGCUCUGAACGACUGCCACGCCGAAAUCAUCGCCCGACGCUCGCUCAUCCGCUUCCUGUACUCGCAGCUGGAGCCCUUCCUCAGUCACAACAAGAAGGAGGAGCAGCAGAGGUCCAUCUUCAGCAGGUGUGAGGGGCGUGGUUACCAGCUGAAGGAGAACGUGCAGUUCCACCUCUACAUCAGCACCUCACCUUGCGGGGACGCUCGCAUCUUCUCGCCCCAUGAGGCUGGUGUGGAAGACCAGGGUGACAGACAUCCAAAUAGGAAGGCGCGCGGGCAGCUGCGCACAAAGAUAGAGUCAGGCGAGGGCACCAUCCCUGUGCGCUCCAGCAGCACCAUUCAGACGUGGGACGGCGUCCUUCAGGGUGAGCGUUUGCUCACCAUGUCCUGCAGUGACAAGAUUGCCAGGUGGAACGUGGUGGGGGUCCAGGGCUCGCUGAUGUGCCACUUCACGGAACCCAUCUACUUUUCCAGCAUCAUCCUGGGCAGUCUGUACCAUGCUGACCACCUGUCCCGCGCCAUGUACCAGCGCAUUGCGGACAUCGAGGCCCUGCCUCCCACCUUCACCCUCAACCAACCCCUGCUUAGUGGGAUCAGUAAUGCAGAGGCCCGUCAACCAGGCAAGGCCCCCAACUUCAGCGUGAACUGGACGGUGGGCGACCAGGCACUGGAAGUCAUCAACGCCACCACGGGAAAAGACGACAUGGGUCGGGCCUCGCGCCUCUGCAAGCAUGCCCUCUACAGGCGCUGGCUGCGGCUGCACACCAAGCUGUCCCUGACGCUGCGGAUCCGCGCGGUGCGGCCUGGGUCAUACCAUGAGGCCAAGCAGGCGGCGGUGGAGUACCACAACGCCAAGCGUACCCUCAUGAAGACCUUUCAAAAGGCAGGCCUCGGCGCUUGGGUCAAGAAGCCCAUCGAGCAGGACCAGUUCUCUCUCAUGUCCUGAGUGGAUCAGAAUCGGACUCGUUUCCUGGAGACAGCAGACCCCGGACUCUGCCCACCCUCCCCCAUUCCUCCUUUUUUGUCAUCCUUUUUUAUUAUUCAUCUUAUUAAGUAUCAUUGAACAUAAACAUGCAAUUGUAAUUAAUGAUUGUAAUGAUUUUUAAACUGGAAAACUUUUUUUUUAUUUUGUUAUUUUAUUCCAUAGAAUGAUAUUAGAUUUUUAAAUGAAAUGAAAAGGAAUGUGCCUGUUAGGUGAAGGUUGAACCUUCACCUAUCAGCUGCACUCGGAGCGAGGGAUUGUGGGUGUCAUCUUCGUCAGUUCGUUAAACUGUAAUGACAGAAAGAAACUUGUGCCAGUUUGCCAUAUGUGUUUUUGUGCUGAAUGCACACAAAUGUGCUCCACCAGCAAAGGGUUGGGGGGUGGCUAUGUGUCCAGCGUGGGUCCUAAUCAGCUUUGCCCCCUUGUAGAAAGAUGCUGUUCGUUUGGACAUGUAAUCUUUCUUUAUGUAAACAGAACCUGCCCCAAGAUUGGUCUGUAAAGAUGAGGCUCUAAAAUACGGAAUAGUCAUCUAAAUACAUCUCAGGUUUGCUUAUUUUCUUUUCUCUUUUCCAAUAGGAGAAACUGAAUGACAGUUGGGGAAGUAGAGUUGUCUGUGGUUAGAAAAUGCGGCCUAUUCCGUGACUGAGUUCUGUGGACUCUGAUUGUCUGAUUGUGAGCAUUUCGGUUAUGUGUGAUGUAAAUGGUAUUGGGAGCAUUUUGCUAUGCUCCCUUUACUUAGACUAUUCAAUACUAAUGCCUGGUUAAGGUAUUUGCAGGGUUUAGCACUUAUAUUGUCUGUUCUGCUUCUUUCAACAUGGGUACCUGUUGAGAAGUUUGGGUUUGGGUUCAGUUUGGAUCUGACCCAGCUUGCAACCUUCAUUUUUACCAGCAAUUUGUCAAAACAAGAAGUUUUUAUUUUUCUUGGCUGUUUGGUGUACACACUGUGUCCCUGUCCCAAUACGAUGGAUAGAUGGAUGGAUGGAUGGAUGUUUCUUCAUGUAGUGGAUGAGACGCAGCCUGUCCUGACCACUCUGUUUUUCCUGCUGAACUGUAAAGGAGAGCAUUUGGGUUUUUACUGAGUGCAUUUAUUAACUGAUGUCCUUUCACUUCUUCCCUGAAUGUGAUCUUUUUCAUGUAAGCGACAAUGAAGUUGUCUUUAUCUGCCAUCAGUGUGUGCAUGCAUCUUCAUGCAUGUGUCUGGGUGUCUGUGUGCAUUGUUUUAUUUAAAUCAGUACAUUGUGUGGACCAGAUUUCCCCACAAUAUUGAAAUACCUGUAACUUUCUACCUUGUGGGAGCAUUUUUUCAGUCCCCACAAGGAUAACCACAUUUUAUAAAAAUUUGUGAACACAAUCAAAAUUAAAUGUGCCAAAAGUCUUGUAUUGUUUCCAUACUUAUGGUUACGGUUAAGGUAAUAUCUGGGACUUCGGUUAUGCCCAUAGAAAUGAAUGGAGAGUCCCCAUAAAAGAUAUGAAUACAUGGGCUGUGCGUGUGUGUGGUCCAGAUAUACCUUACAUUGUGAGGACCAUUUGCAAAAUUCAUUUUCAUUUCAAUUUUAUAAAAAUCUGUGACUAAAAUCAAACAACUAAAAAUGCUAAAUGUCUGUAUAUUGUUUGGUUAUUCGUGGUUAAGCUUAGGGCUGAGUAGAGAUUAAGGUUGUCAUUUUUGGAUUACUUUUCCCCAUGGAAAUGAAUGGAGGGUCACCUGAAAGAUAUCACAAACCUGUGUGUGUGUGUGUGUGUGUGUGUGUGUGUGUGUGUGUGUGUGUGUGUGUGUGUGUGUGUGUGUGUGUGUGUGUGUGUGUGUGUGUGUGUGUGUGUGUGUGACAGAAAGAGAGAGGGACAUCACCACAGCUGAAGGCUGGAGAUCUCUGUUGAAUCUUCACCAAAGAUCACAUCUUUUGUUACUGUUAAUCUGUUUGCCAGUGAGAUGUUACAGCCACCGUUUUGGUGACUUUUGUCCAGUGUUUAAUAUGCAUAUCAUGUGGAUUUGAAUGUAUUAUUUUUAAUUGAAAAUGCAGUUUUAAUUUCUAUGAAAGUGACCCUGCAUCUUUUUCAUUAAGUUCAGCACUGAGAAACACUGCUUGUGUGCAGCUACAGAAGGGUUACAGGUAUAGAGCUGUAAGUGAUGAUCUGUUGGGCAGUGAGAGGUAAACUUCAGGCUGUUAGGGUGAUGCUGAAUUGAGUUUUGCUGUUCGGGGUUUGUAAAAUCACAACCAUCGCUGAAUGUGGACAGUGUCUCUGCACAACACUAAAUCAGCAGCUUGUUUGGGUUUAGUUGUGCUCAGUGGGAUACACAUAGGCAGCAGGAACAGGAAUGGCACUGGACUUGAGAGGGAUCCAGCUUCUCCCCCAGUGAGAUCCUGCCUUGAUCUGCCCUCCCCCUUGCCCAGGCCCUAACAGGCACGCAGCCACACCCAUGAUGCCCCCCCACACACACACACACCCACACACACAGACACGCAUGAGGUCCAUCGCAGAGGCCAUACUUAGCAUGAGGUUAAAGGACAAAAAAACAUUUUUAUGUAGGAAAUGAAAAAUAGCUUAUUCAUAUGGAAGACAAUAAAACUUAUGUGGUUUA